AUGCAUUCAGAACCUGAUAGCGAUUUUAAUUCCCCCGUUCAAGACCAUAAUGUCUGCGGCCAGACAAAUUCUACUACUGAUAAACCAAAUAAUUUUAAGUCUUCAACUUACGAAUUUAUUCAUUAUUGCAACGAUCAUAAAGAUCAAAAAUAUGAUAUCAAAUCAAUUUCCAAUAAGAUGGGAUUCAGGCAACGAAGAUUUUUUGAAGUUGUGGCAGUCUUUGAAGCCUUGGGCGUUUGUCCCAAAAUCGACCAAGAUUCUUUCCUUUGGAUUGGAUUUGAAAACAUUAAACAUACAAUCGAGAGAAUUGCUACAAGUAGAGGUGCUUUCUUACCAGAAUUUUCAUUGGACAGCAUAUUUAGCUACAAAGGGUGCAUCUCUGUCCAAAAGGUAACAGAGGAAUUUAUUUUACUAUUCAUAGCUUUGGAGCUCCGAAAAAUCAACUUAAUCGAGGCUGCAGCAUAUCUAGCACGCUCAAAUGAAAGAGAAAAAACAAUCAAAUGUAAAUUAUAUCAAGUUGCAGCGGUUUUAGAGAUUGCUAAUAUUAUCAGAAAGACUGAUAAGCCUAGUGAAUUUGAAUUGCUACCUGAAUAUUUCAUUUCUGCUUCUGAAAAGAUGAGUCCAAAAACUCCUGAUCCUUCCAUUCUUUAUUCAUUAUUGAGCAGACCCGAACCAUUCUGCCCAGAUGUUGGAAUCCCUGUCAUUAGUUCCAGACUGAAUGAAUAUUAUUCAAAUAACUUUUAA